AUGCAUAAAUGUUAUCAUAUCGUCAUGGUGUCAUCUACAACCCUUGUCUUCGUUGCCAUUGUUGGAGCUGGUCUUGCUUCAGCUUCUGGUAAAACUUUUUUAAAUUUUUUUUCAAAUUCGUAAAAUAUUUUUGUCAUGUUUUAUCAUACUCUUGCAGGUUUCUUCGACGGGCAUCACGGAUGGGAACCCCAUCACCACGAUGAACACGACCAUGAACAUCACGGUCAUGGUUCGGACUGGCACCACGACAACCAUGAUGCUCAUGGCUGGGACGGAGACCAUUCCCACGAUCACCACGGUAAACACGGCUUCAACAAAGGAGACGAAUCCGACUGGGCUCGUUUGGAUUACGGCGGCCACAAGGCCCAUGCUUCUGGCGACGAAUGGCACUCGAACUACGGUCACGAGGCUGGUGACGAUCAUGGCCACGAUCAUGGGUAUGCUCAUGGAGGUGAGCAUGGUCAUGCUGGUUACGGACAUUACGGACAUCAUGACGGACAUGGUCAUCAUGGAGGAUGGUGA